UAGUGUGUGAGAAUGUUGUCGCUUGACGUAUGCGGAUCAUGAGUAGAUUUAAGUCGACUGAAAUUAAACCACGUAACCAGUCGACAUUCGUGCUGUUCUUUUAUGGUAAAUAAGUAAAUAAAUAUAAAGAAGAAUCAUGAGUGACGAGGAUGAAGGUUUUGAUUUGUGUGCUUGCAUGUGGAAUCAUGAUCUAGCAAUGCAGAGACUUUUGUCUAUUUUACGACAAUCACAAGCAUAUUGCACAGAUAAUGAGUGCCUUACUAUGUCACGAUUACCAGACCCAGCAAAUAUUUCAAACGAUAGUCGUUUCAUGAUGGUGUGUUUAUUUGCUAUAUUUGGUAUGUUGUUAUAUGCUCUUAGACCCAAUUCACUUCGACAGUUAGACAGCACAAAAGCUAGAGACAGUGAUCCAGAUUCUGAUGGUGAGCCACCAAUGCCACCGCCCACUAUCAAUUAAGAAUUAAUAUGGCUUGUAGCUGGAUUUCUCAAGUCAUUUAACAUUUUUAACUUGAUAAUAAAAAAAAAAAAAAAAUUGUAA